GAGAAGUUCAGUGGGAAACCAGUUACCUACUGACGGCGUGGCGUGCGCAUGAGUGGAUUUUCAACUUGUGUAAAGUGCUGUGUUUUUUAGACAAUGUAUCACACUGAGUAAGCAUGACGGAUUACGAAGUCAUCAAGGCAGGUUGCCUUCAACGGCGGGAGCUCUGGGAAGAUCCAGAUUUUCCAGCAGUGCAGCCUUCUGUAUUCUAUCAUCAAGUCCCACCGUUCACAUUCGAAUGGAAAAGAGCUAAAGAAUUGUACGCCAACCCAAAGUUUAUACUCGACUGCAAUGACACUUUCGACGUGGUGACCGGUAGACUUGGUGACAAGUGGCUACUGUCUUGCGUUGGAGUAUUGUAUCUAUGCAAAGGACUUUUCUACAGAGUGGUGCCGGCUGACCAAAGGAUAGACACGAAUUAUGCUGGUGUUUUCAGAUUUCGUCUCUGGUGGUGCGGGCAGUGGGUAGAAGUUCUAGUUGACGACAGAUUACCAACGGUUCACGGCAAGUUGGCAUUCAUGCACUGCAGUCAUUCAGAACAACUCUGGCCAGCUCUACUCGAAAAGGCUUAUGCAAAGAUGCAUGGAUCAUAUGAAGCUUUAAAGUAUGGCAAUCUGCUUGAUGGCCUGGCGGACCUUACGGGCGGUAUCACGGAGUCACUCAACGUUUCAGACCUGACAGACGCUGCUUCUCUCCACAACCUCAUGAAAACCACGAGUAUUGUCACUGCUUAUCGCUUACCCAAUGCUGUAACACACUCUGUUAAAAGUAUCGAAUCGGGAAUGAAUUACAGACUUUAUAAUGUGGAAAGGAUAGAUACCACAGAAGGACCAAUAUAUAUGGUACGACUAGCAAGACCACUGGCCCCUGGAGACACACAUAUAACACACUUCAUCUUGGAUCACGAAAUGUGGAGUUCUAUACCGGUUCACGAACGAGAGCGACUAACUUCGACAACAAAAGGCUUCUGGAUGUUAUAUAGUGACUUUGUGUCAAUGUUUUCACGCGUGGAAAUGGUACAUCUUGACGUUGAAACCUGUAAAGCUGAAACUUCGCUAGCUGAUAAACAAAAAUGGCAAGUCAAAAGCCACCAAGGGCGGUGGAAAAAGGGCGUAUCCGCGGGCGGUUGUAGAAAUCACGUUAAUUUCUUCCACAUGAAUCCGCAAAUACAAGUAGUAUUAAAUGAACCGGACACAGUCAUUAUAUCACUUAACCAGCACAGCAUCAUGGAACCGAAAGUUAUAGGAUUUAGCGUGUACAAAAUUUCUAAAUGUCUCACCGAAACCGCAUCGCCACUAUUUUUCAAAAAGACAAAGAGUUCAAUAAAUUCUCAAUAUACAAAUAGCCGACAAGUUAGUGAGAGAUGUCUCUUAGAUUCUGGAGCCUACUUAGUGAUACCAACAACAUUUGAGCCAAGACAGGAAGCUAAUUUUUCUCUAAGGGUGUAUUCAAUAAGGCAAUUGAAAAUGAGAGUAUUAGAUUGUGCCCCACUGAUGUUAAAAGCCGCUAUACUUAAGGCACCUCCUGGAGUAGAGUCGAAUAGCUUCGCCCAGUACGAGUCGCAAUUUCUCCAAUUGGCAGAUGAGCAUAAAACGAUAAACGCCUUUGAACUACAAGAACUGCUUGAAAGAUGUUUACCCAACGAUUAUAUAAAGAGUUGCGCUACGAUGGAAACGUGUAGACAGAUUGUACUCUCAAUGGAAAAAGACGGAUCUGGUCGAAUAACACUUUCAGAUUUCAAGGACCUUAUUUGUAGCCUAAAGCAUUGGCAAAUGGUGUUCAGAUCACACGCGCCUGAAAAAAUGAGCGUGCUGAGGAUCGAAAGGUUUCGGGACGCGUUACGAGAAGUUGGUUUCGCAAUACCAGAGCGGGCGCUAUCGUUGCUGGUUCUAAAGUACAUGAGGAAAGACGGCAUGCUUCGAUUUGGUGACUUUGUAUCAGCAGUUGUCCUGCUUCAUAGAGCAUUUCAUAUGUUCUUCACUAACUGCUCUACGAGUUCAUUCAAAGUCAAUUUAACAUUCGCUGAGUGGCUGAAGUCGGCUUUGACAUGCUAAUUCUAGGCUAGACUGCAUUUAGUGAAAAAAGUGUUUAUGUUGACUGCAUUUAACAAUAUCUCAGUGUAAAUAAUUAAUAAAUAUGGUUAUAGAAA